UCCGCGAUAUAUAUAUAUAUUCACGUCUCGACGUACUGAAACUAGGGCUCGAGCUUCUCCCGCCGCCGUCAUUUCCUUCCUCCCAGCUCUCGGAGCGAGGUGAGGAAAAAGAAGGGUUUUUUUUUUUAAAAAAAGGGAAACCCUAAGGGAGCACAGAUCCAACAAGGACGAUGAGCAAGUUGCAGAGUGAUGUCCUACGGGAAGCUGUGUCCCAGCUCAAGAAUGAUUCUAAUACAAAGAAACGUAAGUUUACUGAAACAAUCGAACUUCAGAUUGGUCUGAAGAACUAUGACCCCCAGAAGGACAAGCGUUUCAGUGGUUCAGUGAGGCUGCCACACAUUCCUCGUCCGAAAAUGAAGGUUUGCAUGCUGGGUGAUGCCCAACAUGUUGAGGAGGCUAAUAAGAUAGGACUAGAAUGCAUGGAUGUUGAGAGCCUUAAGAAGCUGAACAAGAACAAGAAAUUGGUGAAGAAACUCGCUAAGAAAUUCCAUGCCUUCCUUGCAUCGGAGGCUGUCAUCAAACAGAUCCCACGUCUCCUUGGCCCUGGCCUCAACAAGGCAGGCAAGCACUUUUUACUUCCCUCUUUUAUUAAGCAUUCUUCGUCGCUGGAGUCUAAAGUCAAUGAGACCAAGGCCAUGGUGAAGUUCCAGCUGAAGAAAGUUCUUUGCAUGGGUGUUGCUGUCGGAAACUGUGCUAUGGAUGACAAGCAAGUCUUUCAGAAUGUGCAACUUAGUGUCAACUUUCUCGUUUCCCUUCUCAAGAAGAAUUGGCAGAAUGUAAGAUGCUUGUAUCUGAAGAGCACCAUGGGGAAGCCUAUCCGAAUUUUCUAAGCUGCAUCUUCCAGCAGUUUUGAACCCCGCGAGUCAUGGGGAAAUUUUCCUGUUGCUUUUGUUCCUGUUAUUUUCUUCAUGUUAUCAACUAUUGUGAUUCCAUUGGAACUUUGUUUUCUUUGAGCUUAUUAGAAGGUAGAGAUUUGAUGAAUUACAUUUUUGAGACCUUUCAAUUGAUAUGGAUUUCCCCCUUGUUUGGAAGCA